GGAUUUUCGGUUAGCCCUAAAGUCCUUUCUCCGUCUCUGUGACCUCCUUGUGUUACCUGUGACAGUUCUCGUGAUCCUGUGUGGCCUUGACGCUGUUCCCCGUCACGUCCUCUAUAACACCCACUACGUCCCCUGAAUCCUCAUGACCCCUGGGCUCCGUUCCCUUCACAGACCUGCAGAGGCGGUGGCGAUGCUUUCGGGCACGGAGGCGGCGGCAGGGGACUACGAGGACUCGGAGCUGCGUUGCCGUGUGGCUGUGGAGGAGCUGAGCCCGAGUGGGCAGCCGCGAAGGCGCCAGGCCCUGCGCACCGCGGAGCUGAGCCUGGGUCGCAACGAGCGCCGCGAGUUGAUGCUGCGACUGCAGGCGCCGGGGCCCGUGGGGCGGCCGCGCUGCUUCCCUCUGCGCGCCGCGCGCCUCUUCACGCGUUUCGCCGCGGCAGGGCGCAGCACCCUGCGGCUCCCCACUCAAGGCACCCCGGGGGCCGGCGCGGUGCAGCUGCUGCUCUCGGACUGUCCCCCGGACCGCCUGCGCCGUUUCCUGCGCACAUUGCGCCUCAAGCUGGCUGCGGCCCCGGGUCCCGGGCCCGCCUCUGCCCGCGCACAGCUGCUGGGCCCGCGGCCCCAUGACUUCGUCACCAUCAGCCCUGUGCAGCCUGAGGAGCGGCGGCUCGGGGCGGCCACCCAGGUUCCGGACAUCACACUGGUGAAGCGGCCUGUGGAGCCCCAGGCUGGGGCCGAGCCUAGCACAGAAGCCCCAAGGUGGCCCCAGCCUGUGAAGAGGCUGAGCUUACCGUCCACCAAGCCACAGCUUUCUGAGGAACAGGCUGCUGUGCUGAGGGCCGUCCUGAAAGGCCAGAGCAUUUUCUUCACUGGGAGUGCAGGAACAGGGAAGUCAUAUCUGCUGAAGCGAAUACUGGGCUUACUGCCCCCCACAGGCACUGUGGCCACUGCCAGCACUGGGGUAGCAGCCUGCCACAUCGGGGGUACCACCCUUCAUGCCUUUGCCGGCAUCGGCUCAGGCCAGGCUCCUCUCGCCCAGUGUGUGGCCCUGGCCCAAAGGCCGGGUGUGCGGCAGGGCUGGCUGAACUGCCAGAGGUUGGUCAUUGACGAGAUCUCAAUGGUGGAGGCAGACCUGUUUGACAAACUGGAGGCCGUGGCCAGAGCUGUCCGGCAGCAGAACAAGCCAUUUGGAGGGAUCCAGCUCAUCAUCUGUGGGGACUUUCUGCAGCUGCCACCUGUGACGAAGGGCUCCCAGCCCCCAAGGUUCUGCUUCCAGGCCAAGAGCUGGAAGAGGUGUGUGCCAGUGACCCUGGAGCUGACCAAGGUGUGGAGGCAGGCAGACCAGACCUUCAUCUCUCUACUGCAGGCCGUGAGGCUGGGCAGGUGCUCAGAUGAGGUGACCCACCAGCUCCGGGCCACAGCUGCCCACAAGGUGGGGCGAGAUGGGAUUGUGGCCACGAGGCUCUGCACCCACCAGGAUGAUGUGGCCCUCACCAACCAGAGGCGGCUGCAGGAGUUGCCAGGUAAGGUACACAGAUUUGAGGCUGUGGACAGCAACCCUGAGCUAGCCAGUACCCUGGAUGCCCAGUGUCCCGUUAACCAGCUCCUUCAGCUAAAGCUGGGAGCCCAGGUGAUGCUGGUGAAAAAUUUAUCGGUGUCUCGGGGUCUGGUGAAUGGUGCCCGAGGGGUGGUAGUCGGGUUUGAGGCUGAAGGGAGAGGCCUACCCCAGGUGCGGUUCCUGUGUGGAGUCACUGAGGUCAUCCGUGCUGACCGCUGGACAGUUCAGGUCACCGGGAGCCAGCUCCUUAGCCGGCAGCAGCUGCCCCUCCAGCUGGCUUGGGCGAUGUCCAUCCACAAGAGCCAAGGCAUGACCCUGGAUUGUGUGGAGAUUUCUCUGGGCCGAGUGUUUGCCAGUGGCCAGGCCUACGUGGCACUUUCCCGGGCCCGCAGCCUGCAGGGCCUACGUGUGCUGGACUUUGACCCCAUGGCGGUUCGCUGUGACCCCCGUGUGCUGCACUUCUAUGCCACCCUGCAGCGAGGCAGGGGCCUCAGUCUGGAGUCCCCAGAUGGUGACGAGGCAGCCUCAGACCAGGAGAACGUGGACCCAAACCUCUGAGCCUCACCUGCAAAGAGAAGACAAAGGGUGGCUUCCCCGACCUCCUGCUCCCUAGUGGGCCAGGGCCCCAGGGAGUAACCGGAGGAGGCAGCCAGUGUCCCCUUCUGUAUUUUUUAGGGGCUCUCAGCUUCCUGGCAGGGUUAAAUGGAGAGUGCUUUCCACCCAUGUGCCAGCUGUGUUUCAGUUUCUCUCUCUUUUCCCUGGGUGAGCUGCUUCAGGGUCAGAAGUAACCCUUUCUGUGCCAGUUGAGAAUGAGCCUGUGUGGUAGCUGGUGUCAGAGGACAAAGCUCUCUGUAAGGGCUGGACACAGAGCUGCAGAGUCCUGAACACCCCUCCUUUUAGGCUGCAGAAGGGAGAGGUAGUGAAAACGAGUGCUCCAGAAGUAGAAUCACGCCUCUCUUGGAGGGGACCUGGGGAGCACUCAGGCUGGAUACAGCCUCCAAACAGAGAAUGGAACUUAGGUGCAUCUCCACAGGUAGGCCCAGCCCAGCCCAGCCCAGCCCAGCCCAGAGCAAACACCCUUCCGAGCCUAACCUGAGAACAUAAGCUGCAAAAUGUGCACCUAUAUUUUAAGCUGCUUUUUCAGGGGAUGAAUAGUGUUUGGGGACAUUGAAAUGGGUGUUCUCAGAUUGUAUUUAUUUUGGACAAAUAAACCAGUGAAUUG